AUGAGCGACAACAACAAGGAUAAGAGCUGCCGCAGCAGUAGCAGCAGCGGCGGCACCUCGGAGGUACUGUUUCGCUGGCCCGACUCUGGAGGAGCAAGCAACGUUUGCGUUUCCGGGGCUUGGUGCGGAUGGUCUGAAACUGGAACGCGACUGUCUUCUGCGGAGGACAAGGACGGGCGGGUGCUGUUCUCCGGAACGGUCCUCCUGCCGCGCGGCAACCACAAGUUCCGGUUCGUCGUAGACGGAGAGUGGCGCCACGACCCGAAGCUGCCGACCGAACGGGACGAGGCCACCGGGGAGGUGUGCAAUGUUGUCAAGGUUUCUCCCAAGGGCGAUCUACGGGUACGGCUACCGGAGCAAGGAACGGCGUUGUUAGGGGGGGGGGGGGGAGGGGGGCAGCAGGACGACUGCCUGGAGCAGGCGUCGCAAGCGACCCGGAUGGCCCGGGUGAUGAUGUCCCGGCGGAGGAGAGAGGUGGAGGCGUCGUCCCUCGCGGCGGUGGGAGCUUGCCUCGUGUCCUCGUCGGUGCGGAAGGACGGAAAGUUGAUCGUGGCGAUGGUCGGGCUGCCGGGUCGCGGCAAGUCCUUCGUUGCCAGGUCCAUCCUGCGGCACCUUGACUGGAUGGGCCUAAAGAGCCGAAUCUUCAGCACCAAGGACCGGAGGCGGAAGGAAAUCGCCGUGUACGAGCCUGUGAACUACUUCGAUGCAGGAGGAGAGGGCGAGAAGAUCCGCGAACGUCUUGCCGCCGAGAUGCUGGCCGAGGCCCUCGAGGCUCUGCAGAGCGACAUCGACAUCGCCAUCUACGACGCGUCCAACAUCAACUCGGAGCGAAGGCGCGUGCUUAAUAACACGGUGGCGGCGUCGGGGUUGCAUGCAAAGGUGGUGUUCAUCGAGAGCAUCUGCAAGGACGAGGAGCUGGUGCGGCGGAACAUCGUGGCGAUACAGGAGUCCUCCCCAGAGUACGUGCAGAAGACCGUGGAGGAGGUGGAGCGGGACGUCAGGAGCCGGAUCGAGCGAUACGAACGGAUCUAUGAGCCGCUGGACGCUGAAGAGGGCGACAGUUUCAUCAAGCUCAUCGACGCGGGAAGCCAGAUGGUGACGAACCUAAUCAGCGGUUACAUCCCCGGGAGGAUAACGCUUCUUUGUCUGAACCUGCACCUCAAGCCGCGACCUAUCUGGAUGUCUCGACACGGGGAAAGCGAGUUCAACAUGCAGGGCCGCAUCGGGGGUGACGCGCCGUUGACGGCCGCGGGGAAGGUGUACGCCGGGAGGCUGGACGAGUUCAUGAGCAAGCUCUACCCACCCCGCCGAAAACGGCAAGGAGAUGCCGCCGCCUCCGCCUGUGGGCCCGAUGGUGGUGGUGGUGGCCGUGACGGGUUGGGAGGACGGGGGGCGGGGGGGGGGGAGGGGGGGGGUGUCGAGGGGGACAACGGCGAAGACCUGGUGGUCUGGACGUCGACCAUGCUCCGCACGGGGCAGACGGUCGCGCCCAUGACCCUUCAUAGGGAGGUGAUGAAGUGGAGCCAGCUGACGGAGAUCAACGCGGGGCUCAUGGACUCCUUGACGUACGAGCACGUUGCGGCGGAAAUGCCGGCCGAGUACGAGGCGCGCCAGAAGGACAAGCUCCGAUACCGGUAA